UAAUAAUAUAUAAUUUUUUUCCAGAUCAUAUAACUAAAGGUGUUACAUCAACUUAAAUCAGCUUGGGCUGUUUGUCCCAAUUACUUCUACCUCUCUGUUCUUCCAUUUUCAUUUUCUGCAAUUCAUCAUAUAAUGCCUCUGUCGAGUAGAGCUCGAAUCUAUGCAGAUGUGAACUCGCAUAGACCUCGGGAAUAUUGGGAUUACGAAUCGCACGUCGUCGAAUGGGGGAAUCAAGACGAUUAUCAGUUAGUGAGAAAACUUGGUCGAGGAAAAUACAGCGAAGUGUUUGAAGCAAUCAAUAUUACUAACAAUGAGAAAUGUGUAGUAAAAAUAUUGAAGCCUGUCAAGAAAAAGAAGAUUAAGCGAGAAAUCAAAAUUCUUGAAAAUCUGCGUGGUGGACCAAAUAUAAUCAACUUGCAGGCAGUAGUUAAAGAUCCUAUUUCUCGAACACCAGCCUUAAUAUUUGAACACGUGAACAAUACAGAUUUUAAGCAACUCUAUCAAACCUUAACAGACUAUGAUAUCAGAUUUUAUCUGUAUGAAUUAUUAAAGGCUCUCGACUACUGUCAUAGUCUGGGUAUUAUGCACAGAGACGUGAAACCGCAUAAUGUUAUGAUCGAUCACGAAAACAAAAAGUUACGAUUGAUAGAUUGGGGAUUAGCAGAAUUUUAUCAUCCUGGGCAAGAGUAUAAUGUUCGUGUUGCAUCUAGAUACUUUAAAGGUCCGGAAUUACUUUCUGACUAUCAAAUGUAUGAUUAUUCUUUGGAUAUGUGGAGUUUUGGAUGCAUGCUCGCGAGCAUGAUCUUUCGUAAAGAACCUUUUUUCCACGGGCAUGAUAACUAUGAUCAGCUUGUUCGUAUUGCUAAAGUAUUGGGAACCGAAGAGUUGUUUGUUUAUCUUGACAAAUACCAAAUUAUACUCGAUCCAAGAUUCAACGAUAUACUUGGAAGACAUUCUCGAAAACGCUGGGAGAGAUUUGUUCAUAGUGAAAAUCAACAUCUAGUUAGUCCGGAAGCUUUAGACUUUUUGGACAAACUUCUGCGAUAUGAUCAUCAAGAAAGACUUACUGCCAGAGAAGCAAUGGAACAUCCUUAUUUCUAUCCAGUUCCAAAAGACCAACAAACCAGAGUCAUCGAAGGACAGAAGGUGCCUGCUCUCACCAAUUUACCACCAUCUAUGCCUUUAGGCAGCGUUGCAACAGAAGCACAAAGGUCCAACUCUGGUGCACCUACAAUUCCACUUACCACUUCUAAUACUGCAACCGUUCAGUCGUAAAACUCUUUAAGUAUUCCUAAACAUCACUCGUAUCUCAGAGAAAAAAAAGCAAACAAAAUUAUAAUUCUCACCCGAAAAAAUGGCAUCGCCCAUUUUACUCUCAAAGUGAUGUAUGGAUUUUCUAGAGACUGAAAAAAAAAUUAAAAAAAAAAUUUGUUGUAUGUGAAGAAACUCCAUCACUUCUUAGAAGAAAGUGUUUUUUUGAUAGCACAUCAAAAUUAGACAUUUAUAAAAACUGCCAAGAACUCAUUUCGAUAUUUGUAGUCACAUAUAAAUUAGACAAAUGUUUUAAAAAAAAAAAAAAAUGUCUUUAUUGCAAGAUCUAUGUCUUUUAGUGUUGUGUCCGAAGGUGCUUCUGAACAUCUCGAUGUACAUUUUUCAUUUCAGUCUUCUUUUUUAUAGUGUGAAAACAGCAGGUUCACUAUUUGUUACGGAAAAAAACUAAAAAAAAAAAAAUAAGAAAACUUUUGCAUUAUGAAGGAUCUCUUUUUUCUUCCCCAUCCCCUCUCGAAAAGUGAUUUGUACUUGUUUUUGAUCUAUUUGCAAAAAAUAAACUUGGCAUUAUGUAGUAAUGGAA